AUUUCUGAGUGUGCACUGUACAGCAACUAAGCUAGCAGAGAAAGAUACCUUAUCUGCGAAUAACCUGCUGUCAACUAACCUGCUGAGCUUCACAUAUUUCUGUGUGGCUCCAAGUGUAGACUCAUAAUAUGGAUUUAGAAGACGACACCACAGUGUUAACAACGUUGAAGUCCUUCAAUUCGUUCAUCAGCCGUUCUCAGCCUCCACAGCCUUUGCCAGAAUGCUCAGGAUAUGGAGGAAGCCUACAAAGCACAUACGAACGAAGCAUGGGGUUGUUGGAAGCAGCGGAAAGGGUUAAUUCGAAGAAUAAAUACUUUCAGCUGGACCAAGAGAAGAAGCAGAUGGAACUAAGUCACAAAAGAGCUCGUCUGGAACUUGAGAAAGCUGCUUCUGAUAAUGCAAGAGACUUUAAGAAUGAGGUUGAGAAGAACCAGGACCUCCUGGGCCGAAUCAAGAGACUGGAGGAAAGAGAGUCAGAAGCUUCCAGAAACCUGGAAGAGCAAGUGGAAGCAAACCGUGCUCUCCGUAAAAACCUGGAAGGACUGACCAAGAAACUGGAGGAGCGAGACACUCGACUGAACACUGCCAACCAGACUAUCAGUUCUUUGAAGGAUGAGGUCAGAGUGCUAACGCAGAAGAUCCAAAAUCAAGAUUCAACUCUUACUUCACAAACCUUAGAAAAAGAGGAAUUGCAGGAACAGCUGGACUUACAGCGCAGGAAGUACCAGGAAGUCUCUCAGCUUUGCAAAAAUCUUCAAGCUGCCCAGUCCUCCUGCUCAGAGCAUGUCAUCAAGAUUAAGGAGUUGGAGAGGCGUCUUGCCCUCCAAGAGCAGGAUUUUUCCAUUGUGAAGAAUGUGAAAUCAGAAGUGGCGAGGGUCCCGGACCUGGAGAAGGAGCUGAAGCGUCUCAGAGAGGAGAAUGCCCUUCUCAGGGAAAGCAGAGAGAACUGUAGUCUGUUGAAAGAAGAAGUGGAGGGCCUGAGGAGGAAGCUGGAGAGGACGGAGAAAACCAUAGAGGAUCUGGUUAACAUGGAACUGGAAAAGGAGAGGUUGGCUGAGAAACUCCAAGCCUGGGAAAAUCUGGGACAGUCUACAGGACUCAGCAUCAGGAAACCGGAGGAUCUGUCCAGGGAGGUGAUUCAGAUCCAGCAGAGAGAAAUCACACUGAAAGAGCAGAACUACACACUCAACAGCCGUGUGAGGAGCACGGAGCGGUUGCUGUCUGAACUCAACUCAGAGCUGUCUCAGCAGCACAGCAAGACUCUGGAGGAGCAGAAGAAAAGGGAGGCGCAGGACUCUUUGGUUCGACGACUGCAGAAGAGAGUUCUGUUGUUAACCAAGGAGCGUGAUGGAAUGCGUUCCAUUCUAGAGUCGUACGACAGCGAGCUGGCGUCCACCGAGUACUCACCUCAACUCAACAAGCGAGUCCGAGAAGCUGAAGACAUGCUGCAGAAAAUACAGAGCCACAACGUGGAGAUGGAGGCCCAGUUAACAAAAGCUCAGGAAGAGACAGGGGCCCUUAAGCUGCAGCUACAAACAGUGGAGCUGGAGCUGGAGUCUCUGAAGAAGCAACAGGCCUCUGCUGCUGACAGCAACGUUUUAGUGACCAAAGAGGAGGUCAGCAUACUCAGACAGAAAAUUGAAGAUUUAGAGGCCGAGCGCCAGCGUCUGGAGGAGCAAAAUAACAUUCUGGAGAUGAGACUGGAGAGACACAACCUACAGGGGGACUAUGAUCCAGUCAAAACCAGAGUCCUCCACUUCAAGAUGAACCCCACAGCUGUUGCCAAGCAACAACGGCAGCAGGAAAUGGAGAGUCUUCAGGAGGAAGUGACACGUCUGAGGGAACUGGUGCGCUCAUUGCAGGAUGGAGGCGCUCAAGACGACGGCAGCAUUCUCACCCCCAACCUCAGCCUCAGUUUACCUCCAUCUAAGGAAGUACUAGAUCUGCGUAAGCAAAUGGAGAGCUCUGAGCUAAAGAACCAGAGGCUGAAAGAGGUCUUCCAGAAGAAAAUCCAGGAGUUCCGCACAGUCUGCUACGUCCUGACCGGAUACCAGAUAGACAUCACCACUACGAACCAGUACAGACUCACCUCAGUCUACGCCGAGCACAUGGACGACUCCCUGCUCUUCAAAAAGAGCUCCAAGGGAAGCAUGCACCUCAUGGAAACAGAGUUCUCCAAAACUCUGGGCGAGAUGGUGGAUCUUCAUCUGCAUCACCAGAAGAGUAUCCCAGCAUUCCUGUCUGCUGUGACGCUCGACCUCUUCAGUCGACAAACCACCGUAUAAAAAAAUCAUUUCACACUCUUCGGAUGCAAAUAUGUGCUUUGAGUUUUAGUUUUGGGAGGUUUUUCUGUUCUCUGCCUGAUUGUCUUUCUUAUUAGAUAUUUACCAACAGGUC